CCCCCCCCCCCCCCCCCCCCAAAAAAAAAAAGAAAUCCACACAGAGAAAGGCAAAAUAAUGCCUUGCGCUUUGGUGGUGCCGAACUCGCCGAUUUUUUCGCCGUCGCAAAUUCCCUCCCAUUUUUUCCGGUCGUCGGCCUUAGCUUCCCCUUCUGCCUGUUCUUCGCCUAGAGUCCUCCAUGGCGCGCCGCCCACACCGUCGCGGUCGCCGGCUUUGACGACGCCGGCUUUUGAGUCUCGGUUUCAGAGGCAGUUGAUAAGCGAGUGCCAGAAGCAGGCUUCGGGUUUGGCUCUGAAGAGGAAGAGGCCGAUGAUGAUUGAUAUUCCGGUGGCGCCCUUGGUGAAUUUUAAGGUGGAGUCGAGUGAGGGUGCGGCGGAGAGAGUGGAGGUGCUGGAGGUUGAUGAGGAUGUGUAUUCGGUUUAUUGUAAGAGGGGGAGGAGAGGUCCAAUGGAGGAUCGUUACUCUGCUGUUGUUGAUCUUCACGAUGAUUCGAGACAGGUAUUCUUUGGUGUGUUUGAUGGGCAUGGAGGAGCAAAAGCAGCUGAAUUUGCAGCCAAGAACUUGACUAAAAACAUUGCGGAUCUUUUGACGGGUGAAAGUGAAGAGGAAAUCGUGGAAGCAGUCAAAGAUGGUUAUCUAACCACCGAUGUCGAGUUUCUGAAGGAGGAUGUUGCUGGCGGCGCAUGCUGUGUGACUGCCUUGAUACGAAAGGGCAACCUUGUGGUGUCCAAUGCCGGUGACUGUCGUGCUGUUAUGAGCCGAGGAGGGGUUGCCGAGGCCCUUACAUCCGAUCAUCAUCCUUCUAGAAUAGAUGAAAGGGAGAGGAUUGAGACCACGGGUGGUUAUGUAGAUUGUUGCCGCGGUGUUUGGAGAAUUCAGGGAUCUCUUGCUGCUUCGAGAUCAAUUGGAGAUAGACAGCUUAAAGAAUGGGUGAUAGCAGAACCAGAGACUAAAGUCUUGAGAAUAGACCCCGAAUGCGAGUUUUUAAUGUUAGCUUCUGAUGGCCUUUGGGACAAGGUAAUUUUAGAACUAAGCUCAUUCAUUCGCUCACGUUUUCGUUUAGAAUUACUUCGAAGACCAAAAGUCUAA